UGAAGUGAUUUCACAAGAAAAUCUGCUACCUUGGUCAUAUAUCUAGAUCCUAAUUAUCACAUGUCAAAGGGUCUUGCACAGUUUUCAUGUAAUGUCCCAUGUUACAGUCGGCGUUAUCGAAAUAUAAAAUAUCUGUUUUCCUGCAAGGAAUCUCAGAAACAAUGUUUCCUGGCUGUGAUCAGUCCACUUACACAUUGGCUACAACGAGCUAGAGGUUCACACGAGCCACUGUUCCGUCUGUCGAUAAUUAAAAACUCCACUUGAUAAUUAUUCCAUUCGUGUAAAAAAAAAGGCGUUCUUGUUUUAUCUACUGCAGAAUGACAACAUAUUCGUGCUGUUUUUCCCCCCUGACAGUGUUUAACGUCCAAGAGUACAAGGCUAAAGAGCAGUGUGUGUGUGUGUACACAGGGACACAAACAAGCCUUCAUUGUACCUGAAGGCUCGACGAAAGCUGCCAAAGUUUGCACUUAGAGGAAAAAAAGGCACGGCAAUCUGUUGCUAGGAUGUGUUCUUGUGUGCCUGAAACUAUGCUUAGCCUGUGUCCACGCACUGUAUUCGGUGGUACAACAAGCAGUGGCUUAGGUUACAAACGCUCGCGGCCGUCGUGAGAUUAGAGGGCCCUGUCAAGUGAGAUAGGCUAUUGAAUAUGCUUAUAACAAUUAGCAAUCCGAGAUAACCCUCGAGUGUUCCGAUGUCUGUAUUUCAGGGCAUGAUUUAUGAUGAAAAUGGGGGACACUGUAAUAAACGGCAUGAAGAUGUGGACCUCUGAGAAUGUGAGCUCUGCGAAGUCUGGCGAGAGACUGGAGGGCCGGCGGUUGUUUGCGUGGGGCUGCGGCGAGUUUGGACAGCAUGGACAUGGUCAGGGAGCCAACGUGGAGUCACACCAAGGGUGGCUUCCCCAGUUCAGCACGGAGCAUUUGGGAGCCGUGCACCUGCUAGCGUGCGGUGCCACACACACCCUCGUGGUCACAGAAACAAACAGGAUUUUCAGCUGGGGGCAUGGUCACAGUGGACAGCUGGGCUGCGGUGAUAGCAGCAUCCGCGGCGAGCCUGUGGAGGUGCAACUGGCGCCUUCGGGCUGCCGCGGUGACAUGGAGGUGGCUGGGGUCGCGUGCGGGAGUCGCCACUCCUUUGUGUGGACGCGAUCGGGCCGCUGUUUCAGCUUCGGAAACAACUUCUACGCGCAGCUGGGCUAUGAUUUUCAGAAGAGGGACUACAAGGCCAAUCAGUGUGUGCCAUAUCCGCUCAACAUGAGCCUGAUGGGCCGCAGGGUGGAGUGGGUCUCAUGCGGUGAGCGCCACUCUCUCUUCCUCUUUGAAGAUCGCAGGAUCGCCGCGUGUGGUGGCAACACCUUUGGACAGCUGGGAGUGGGAAGCAGAGACGAGGCAGUGGUGGCACGCGUUAUUGAGGACCUGGAGGAGGUCAUCCAGGUGGCUUGUGGAGCCAACCACAGUCUGGCAGUCGCACCGAGUGGAAGGCUGUAUGCGUGGGGGUAUGGACGCGCAUGCGGCUGCUUGACUCAGGACCUGCUAAACCCCGAGACCAUGAUGAUGGAGCGCUGUGGCAAAGUGAUGGCUGUUGCAGGAGGGGGCGCCCACAGUCUGGCCAUGACAGACAGUGGAAAUGUAUACUCCUGGGGCUCAGGUCAAGAGGGACAGCUGGGCCACGGUCAGCGGGUGCCGUUCUUAGUUGUGCCGCGGCGACUGGCGUGCCCUCCCCUGGAUGGCCGGACCGUGCAAAUCACAGCUGGGGAUGCCUACAGUGCUGCUGUAACUGCCAAAGGCGAGCUGUUCAUGUGGGGAAGGAGCAGCCACGUGAUGGGCGCUGGGAGCCCAGCGGAGCGGCGAGAGUGGGUGGCGCGCCGAGUCGACCUGGCGGGGAGGCCCGUGAGAGCGGUGACCUGUGGUUCCUGGCACGCAGUGGCACUGACGGCUGAGGGCCCUUCUGAGUGGCUUAAUUCCAAGGUGGUGGAAUAUGAACCGAAACAAACGCAGGUGAAGCAACGAGAAGGCUUGCCUCUCACUCACAGCCUGAUGCUCAAAGAGCCUGAAAAGAAGACAUUAAGGAAUUACUCUUCAGAUUUUGGCUUUUUCAUAGAGAAUGAUGAGACAUCUAAAGACAGUUCAAUUAAUUCUCUUAAAACUGGCAUUAAUUUGGAUUGUACAGAUAAAACUGAAUCAGAAGAGAAACUUAAUUCGACUGAAACAUUUCAAAUUCAAGCAGACACCUCAGUGCUGUCGCAAGAUUCGCGUAAGCACGUGAAUCAUUCAAACACCGCGAUCACUCGCAACGAUACUGCAUUGCCGGGCCAACCAUCAACCGGAGAGAAAGUUGGAGGUAGGACAUAUGCAGGGUUGGCCGGCAAAAGAUUACCUCAGCAGCUGCUUGCAACCACAAGAGCCCUCAAGGGCAACGAGACACCACCAACCACCAGAUCCAAGAGUGCAGCUCCAGGUGUCCGCCGUGGACUUUCAACAAAGGCUUCAGACAUGCAGCCACCCUUGGCAAAGGAGAGGCUGCCGUGGAAGGGGACGCAUUCCCGGGUGAACAGAGACUCCCACCUCCAGCCGCUCAAACAACCUCCAACGGUUCGUCCGUUCUCUGCCUGGGAGUCAGGAGAGAAGACCAAGCGCCUUCCAAUCACUCGGCGCCCAAUCUACUCCUCCGGGAGCUCCUGGAGGGAUGUGGCGACUGCUUCGCGUCCAGUUCUCUCUGCCCAGAGUCCUGCACAGGACAACCCAAAGUGCACUGAUACUGCAUAAGUAAGCAGGCAUCGUGCAUUUUCUGAAUUGUACUUGAAUACCGGGCAGUGUGGUGGAGAUGAGCACCUCCGAAUUGUCGUAAUGGGCUGGGUGAUGUGAGACGUGAACUUACUGUAGUUGUCUACAAUGGAGCAUGGCACACCUACAUGAGUCGCAGAUGUUAUUUAUAAACGUUUUACAUGAUGCACAUGACUGGAAUAUCAUCUGUAAUCGAUAUCAUGUAUGCAAGAUGCUUAUUUUCCUCUGACAAAAAAUAUAAGCUAAGUGUAUUUAGCCUACUUUUUACAACAUUUUGUAUGAGUGGUGUGUUACACUUGUAAGCAUUACAAAUGUAUUUUUUGUUCUAGCCCUUUUUAAUCAUAUACGUGUAUUAAUUGCCUCGUGCUAUAUAUUUUUUUCUGUGCAAAACUAAUCAUGCAAUUUUCAUUUUUUUUUUCGUUGAAUAUAUUACGCUGAUAAUUGAAUAUAAUGGGAAUCCAUUGUGUUCAAUUAUUUUUUGUUUGAAUUUGGUCCGGUUAAUAAUAUUCAUAUGCUUUAAUAAGAUUUGUAACUCAGAGCUGCUAAUAUUAUAUUAAAGAGGAUUUCCAUUUUCAUUAAAUGUUGUAAAUUUAACAGCCUGUGUUAGCAUGUUUUUAUGUAAUGCUCGAUUUUGCAUUACUUUUAAUGGAAUAAAAGAUAAAAUGUUACAGCUAACUUGCUGUUAAACCUAAUAGAAAUGUGACCCUUUUCAAUUAUGCAAACAAUACGUGGCGUUUUGUAGGUGGUGUACAUGGUAAUUAAACAAUUUAAUUUACAGCACCCUUUAAAAUGUUUGUGUUUUCACAAAUUAUUAACAUAUAAACAUUGUAGUUUUGUAAAGACAAUCUCUAUUGGGAAUAAUUAUCAACAAACGAGUGAAUUUAAUUAUUAAAGGAUCAGAGAGCUGCUGUGAUGAUCGUAUUGAAAUGUUUGAAAACACUUGACAUCAACAGCAUGUGUGUCAAUGAAACACAUUCACUUGCGACGUCGCACACAUUUUUAAGUGCCUUCAGUUGCGCAACAUGAUGCACGUGUUCUGACAUAUUGCUCUACGUAGAACAAUGCGUACAUGUGCGGCCCACAUCGCCACAUUCCCCGAUGGCACUCCUCGCCACAACAACUGUGCAUUAAGGGUACGCUGACAAUUUCCGUUGCCUGCAGGCUUCAAUGUUGUGGCCCACAUUAGAUCAGCAAGAGCAAACAGAUUUAAGUGAGCACUAAGGUAAGAGAGUUGAUACAUAAAGGGUCAUUUAACGCCAUUUAAUGUGAGGGGUGGCAGGAGCUGAUGUGCGGGGAGCUUAUCGGGACCACGCGAGUGGGUGGGUGGGGGGAGGUGAAGUCAAGGAUGCAGAAAAUACAUUUCCCCUUGCCUCUAUGGGGGGCCCAUCUUGUGCCCUGCCACUGAACUUACGGUACCUGUAUGCUGGCUGUUUCCACCGUGCCGUGGCCCACGGAUGAGACCUCGAGACAUUAAGCCGUGACACAAAAAAAAAACUCCCUUUAUUUUAUUGUCUUUGUACGAAAUGUCAUUGCUUGCGUGCCGUAACGCACGUCUUGCAUGGCAAGGGAAACAUGGAGGUGAAAAGAACCUGUGGCUGACAGCCUGACCGUUUAUCGAUGAAAAAAAAGGCAGAAACCAGGGGCUUUGUGUGUGUGUGUCUUUGCCUAGUUCUACCCGCAUAGAGGCUUGGCAAAAAAAUACUGACAAGUGAUAAUAAGAGAAAAGAAUGGAAAACAUUUGAAAACAAUAAACAGAAACGUGUCUGCCA